GACUGUCUGGCCUUUAUGCAAGCAGGCUGCGAACUGAUCAAAGUACGCUCACCGUCACGACAGUAUCACCGAAUCUUCUGUCUUAGUGAGGAGCUGUCGGAGAUCAGAUGGCAUCCCACAUCCAAGAAACCAGACAAGGCCAGAAUUGCCAUAGAAUCCAUAAAAGAGGUCCGAGUGGGCAAGAACACGGAGACGUUUCGCAGUCGGGAGUCUACCUCCGAGUUUCCCGAGGAAUGCGCGUUCUCCAUUAUCUUCGGCGAUAACUACGAGACGCUAGACCUGGUGGCCAACUCACCGGACGAGGCCAAUAUCUGGGUCACGGGGCUGUCGUAUCUGGUGGGAGGAAACAAAAGCAAAUGUACAUCACCUGAAGCAAUAGAAAAGAAGCAGGACAUGAGAGACAGGUGGCUGCAAGAGAUGUUUGAGAAGGCCGCAGGGACAGAGGUGGGUCAACUGGACGAGUUUGAGGUCAUGCAGCUGAUGAAGAAACUCAACAACGGCGUGACGUCCAUGAGGGUCCGGCAAAAAUUUAAGGAAAUGACUCUGUCUAAGGUACGCGACGGAGCUUCCAAACCCACGCUGAGCAGCUAUGAGUUUGUUGACCUUUUCAAGGAGAUGACGACGAGACCGGAGAUAUAUUUCCUUUUAGUCAGGUAUUCAAGUUCAGAAGUCAUGACGAUAGACGACCUUUUGAUUUUCCUGGAAGCUGAACAAGGGAUGGCCGGUGUGUCACGAGAGAAAUGCCAAGCUAUCAUCAACAAAUAUGAGCCGUCUGCCGAAGGACGAGACAAGGGACAUCUGGGAAUUGAUGGGUUCACUAACUACCUACUGUCAGAAGACUGUGACAUCUUUGAUUAUCAGCAUAGGAGUGUGUGUCAGGAUAUGACGCAACCUCUAUCCCAUUACUUCGUAGCGUCGUCGCACAACACGUACGGCAACUGGCCUCAGAUGGGAUUAUGCCCCAAACAUCCUCCUGCUGGUCUAACAAAUUACCUCACGGAAGACCAAUUAAAAGGCCCAUCGAGUGUUUCUGCCUACGUCAAAGCAUUGCAGAAGGGUUGCCGAUGGGUGGAACUGGAUUGUUGGGAUGGCGGUAACGGUGAGCCAAUCAUCUACCACGGUCACACGCUGACGUCCAAGAUCUCCUUCAAGGCGGUGGUGGAAGCAAUCAACCAACACGCAUUUGAAACCUCACAGUAUCCUCUGCUAGUAUCGAUUGAAAACCACUGUAGUUUGGACCAGCAAAGAGUUAUGGCACACCACAUCAAAACAGUAUUUGGAGAUAAAUUAAGAAUAGACUCGCCGGACUUGUCUGCCGCUUACCUGCCAACACCCGAACAACUCAAAGGGAAAAUUAUUCUAAAGGGGAAGAAAUUGCCUGCUGAUUUUGUCGGGGAGGAAGGAGAAGUCACAGACGAAGAUGAAGGAGCCGACAGCGAGAGGAGGAAAAUUAAGAAGGAGGGUUUCAAGAAACGAGCUCUAAUCAAGGAACUAUCAGAACUUGUCACACUAUGCAAAUCUGUCCGCUUUGAAGAUUUCCACGAGGCAGCUCAGAAACAGAAAUACUGGGAGAUCUGCUCGAUGAGCGAGGGGACGGGCAUCAAGUUUGCCCGAGAUUGCGCUGAGGAUUUCGUUAGUCACAACAAGCAUCUCCUGACGAGGAUCUACCCCAACCCUAACCGCGUAGACUCCAGCAACUACAACCCGCAGGAUUUCUGGAACUGCGGCUGCCAAAUCGUUGCUCUGAACUACCAGACGCCAGGCUUGAUGACGGAUCUUUACGAUGGCAAGUUUCGUCAGAACGGUCAAUGUGGCUACGUGCUCAAACCUGGCGUCAUGAGAGAAGAGAUCUCGUAUUUCAGUGCCAACUCGCGGGACAUCAUUCCAGGAGUCUCACCCCAGAUUCUACACAUCAAGAUCAUCAGUGGGCAGAAGUUCCCUAAACCAAAAGGCUCUGGGUCCAAGGGAGAUGUUAUUGACCCUUAUGUUUCCAUGGAGAUAUUCGGGAUCCCAGCGGACUGCGCCGAAGAACGGACCAAAACAAUUCCUCACAAUGGGUACAAUCCGAUCUAUGACGAGAGUUUUGACUUCACCGUCAAUCUACCGGAGCUGGCCCUGGUUCGAUUCGUCGUUCUGGACGACGAUUUCAUCGGGGAUGAGUUCAUUGGGCAAUACACCAUUCCAUUUGAAUGUCUCCAACCAGGCUACAGGCACUUCACCUUGCUUUCCAACACCGGCGAGUCACUGGAACCAGCGUCGCUGUUUGUCCACGUGGCUGUCACAAACAAACGUGGAGGCGGGAAACCGACAAAACGUGGUAUGUCCGUCAAAAAGUCCAAGAGGACGAGAGAUUACACCCACGUCAGACCGGUGGGAGUCAAGACCAUUGAUGAGGUCUUUAAGGCCUCGUUAGCCCCCCUCAAGGAAGGCAGUGAGCUGAGAGAGAACGUCCAAAUCGCCAUGACUCGAUUCAAAGAAGCCUGCGGUCUGGCAUCCAUCGCAAACCUCAAGCAGUGCAUACGACUCCUAGCCACCAGACUAGCCGGGUCCUCGGACACCGUCACGUUACAGCUCUCCAUGAGGGAGGGGCUAGCAUUCCUGGAGGCGGAAGGGAGCGCUCCUGACAUGCUCAAGAAGGCCUUAAGCGCCUUUGAUUCGAUGGUGUCGGAGAGCAAAACCUUGAUGGAGCAAGCCGACUGUCUGGUGAGCAGAAUUGACGAAGUACAGAAAGCUGGGCUGGAAUACCACGACAAUUUGAGUUACCUUCUUACCAAAGACGGACUGAAGGGGAAACGACUCUCAAAGGCGUCAGAGAACUUUGCCUGGAACAUCAGGGUGCUGAAAGGCCAGGCGGACCUACUGUCACGCUCCAAGAAAGAAUGUCAAGACUGGAUGAGACAGAUCAAGGAGGCAGGAAUCGCCCUGGGCCUGAUGUCAUCACCGGAACCGGUUGCCGAGCCAGAGGCAGAUCCCGUCUUUGAACCGGAAACACUUCCCGUCUUUGAACCGGAAACAGUUCCCGUCUUUGAACCGGAAACAAUUCCUGUCUUCGAACCGGAAACGGAUCCGGAUCAAUCCAGCGGAGCAGAGAGCUGAUAAUCGCCAUGGCAAUGUAACAUUUGUAUCUUUGCUGUUUUGGUGAUCAAACUGCCCGGAAAUUGACGUUUAGUUGCAAAUAUUUGAUAGAUUGGUUCCCUGAUUUGGAGUAAAUGGUGUAGUUUUCCCAACACAAAAUCUGCCAGAACGAUAGAUAAGAAUUUGUGAUGAAUCCAUCACAAUCAUUCAGUCGCAAGUCAAGUCCCAAGCUACUCCUUUGAUCAGUGACAAACGCAUCCUAUGUCAUUCUUUGUCCUCUGUUUUGGGUUUGAACCUGUGACCUCCGGGUUGCCGUUCCGGUGCUCUACCAACUGAGCUGUCCAGCCCUAUGUUGGAUAUGCUAACUUGUUUGAGCAUUUUGACUUGAGUUAUAACUUGACUUGUGCAUGACUCUAUUUCAUUUCUGAAAGUUCACACUCGAACAGUAAAACACAGAAAUUGACUGGAGCGGGUUUGAACCUGUGUCCUCCAGAUUGCCGUUUCGGUGCUCUACCAACUGAGCUAUCCAGCCCUGUAGUUGAUAUGUUAUUGUGGCACAAUACCUCCAACCACUGUGACCAGUGGCAUUACUGAAGGGGGGGGGAGGGGGAGUACGCCCCCAGCAGAUGUUCAUGCCACCAUCUUUAUUUCAACUCAUCUCUGUAACAAAAAAUGUUGUGAAGGAAAUGAGAUGCUGCAAAGCAUUGUGGGUAAUACCUGCCAUAAUCAAGGUAUAUACAUUCCAAUCACACAUGUCAUGCGCACAUGGAAGUGUUAGCCCAAGGGGUGAAACAAGAUCCGUCCAAUGACAAAAAAGAAAUUAGAAACAAAAAGUAAGAGAUCCCUAGCACCUAUUGGCGAGCAAACCCUGGCGUCAUGUUAGUUAUGAGCAUUUUUACUGCUUGAGGGCGUUCUUGCCCAGAGCCCAUUAAACCCAUAGGCAUCUUAAAACCUCAACGUGCGUUUACGUUGUGUGUUUCCAGUAGCAGAACGCUGCGUCCCGCAAUCACCAUGUUACGCGAACUCUUAUUCUAAUUGUAAAUAAUGCGUGCACAUUGUUUGAUCGGCCCUUGGGCGUUCAUGCCCACGAUGAGCAUUCACUUAACAUGGCGGCUUAAAGAUGCAGCAAGAUGCUAGGUUUUUUUUUAAGAUGUCUAUGAUUAAACCUUUCUUUUAACAUUUCUCCAAGUUUAUGGCCUUCACAUAGCUAGCCACAUUACUACCAAGUAUCCACUGUGACAACUAAUCAUGACCAGUAGCUUUUAAGAUAUUUUUAAAAAUUUCAUUACACAUUCUCUAUUAGCUCCGUGCGCUACGAAAGAGGGCGCCCUAUUACCUAGCAACGACGUCCCAUGGGCGGUACAUUUCGCUGGUUGACGCGCACCGUUCCAUGUGUGUGACGCGCGUACACCAGGGGAUUUGUUCUAUGUACACGCAGUGGCCGCGCACCCCCAACUGUACUUCCUUUGCCGGUGAGGGGGUACUUGUGAACGGAGCGGAUACCGAGUAGCUGGUCUAAUUUUUACAUAUCAAUCGAAAGAAAAUUACGAGCAUCAAGAAAAUUCCAUGUUUAGCGGUGUAAUAGGAAGCAACAAUGUCUGCUUUAGAAUAUUAUUUCUUUAUCCUGUUCACGUAGCGAAGACAUUUUUUUCCAAAUAGUUUUCCUUUUUUUUUUUAGAUAUACAGGGUAUAGUUCGUAGUACAGGGUAGUGUUGCCAUAACAUAGUUGUAUCAAAUUUGGUAUAUUAGAAAGAGUUUAGUGUUGCCAUUUUUUACAUCAGCAGCAGUAAUUUCCUCUGUCUCAUCAAAUGAAGGAGUUUAAUUGAAAAUGGAAUUCUGAGCAACAUCUUUAAGAAAAGCACAUCAUCAUUGUUUUGCAAUGGGCACCAAUAUUUAAAAAGUAAAUCUUUGGGAAGUAUCCUGUCGGGCACCCCAGUGCACAAAUCAAAACAGUACAGUCUUGGAACGUUUUUAUGAAACGAACGGCUUUGGCUUCGUCUUCAGCUGAAGUAGAUUUAGGCCCUAAACUUCUGGAACUCCAGCUACAUUUUGGUGCCUGUUAUGCUUCAGAAACAUUCAAUUGGUUGAUAUGAAGCCAAAGGUUGGAAUGUUUUCGUUUAGUUUGCCUCUCAGAGAUUCAGAAGUCGGAGGCAAAGCCGAAGCUGAAGCAAAGGUUUAAAAAAAACCCAGGUUUAGAAAUCCAAAGAUGAGCCCAAGUAGGACUCUGGUUUGCUGAUACUUGCUGUUAUGACGUACUUCAACUCCUUGUGCCAUUACGUGGUUAAGUGGUCCAACAGUGACUUUAAUAGACCAUUAUCAUGUUGCGGCCAUCUUUAUUUUGUUCCCAUUAAAAUCAACGUAACCAAAGCGAGGCUGGAAGGAAAAAUAGUCUGGUUCCUUUUUGCACAUAAAUCUUUAUCAUUCAGUACUGUUAUAGGAUACAGGGAACAUGACUGAAAUGGUGGCAGCAUGAUUAAGGUCUAUAUGGGUGAGCGUGGAUAUCCCAGGAGCUUUUUACAUUGCCUGGUCUAGUUCCCAGACCCAUGUAAUUGGAACUCAAUGGUUCUUGAGUCUGGAGUGCUGAAUGGUAACACGUAGCAACCGAUGAAAACUGGUGUGCAAAUGAAUAGAUGUUUUCGUCGGAUGACGUAAUCCCGCCCCCACCUAUAUAAACAAAUAGAAUAUUAAAGUGGACCAAGAGAGGAUGUUAAAGUGCAGUUCUCAAAAGUAAUAUUUCAAUAAUCUUCUGCCAACAUUAAGUAAUGCUGCGUGGCAAAAUUGCCCAUAAAGAAAAAGUUCUCAACAACAAUUUGUUAGGUUUUAUUGGUUUUUGUGCGGUGGGUCAUUGUCUCUUUUUGUUUUUUUUUGUGUCGGUACCGUCUCUUGUUAAAGAUUCCUCGACUCCGAUUUCUUUUAACAUUUGCAGAAGAAUGUGUUCUGCUGGUUUCAAUAUUUAUUUAGAAAUUGCAGAUAACCCAAAGAUUUUAUUUAUAUUUAACAUUGAAUCAAAUGUUUUUUUUAUAUUACCAUUAUUCAUUUAUUAUAUAAGGAUCAGGUAGGGGAAUCUAUCACCGAAUUUUUUUUGUACAGAAAUUUGCUGCCUCUACCUUGCUGAUCAGGAAGAAAAUUGUCGUAGUUUUGUAUAAAGUAAAAUAAUGCAGAUUAUUCUGGACAGGAGUCAGUUGAUUUGAUAAAUAAUAGUAUUUUGUUUUGAAACAGUAUUUUAUGUUGACUGUGCAAUCUGACCCCAUUUAUAUUUGCAAUUUGAUAAUUUCUAAAUACCUUGCCGUGAUUGGUUUUAAAGCAAUACUCUUUAUGUUGAACAUUCUCUAAAUUAAACAUGGGCGUGGUCAUGCCUAUGUGGGUGUGGUCUUGUCGAUACAGGUGCGGUCAUACUGAUAUGAGUGUGGUCAAGCUGAUAUGCCUUUGGUCAUACUAGAAUGGGUGUUGAAAUGCCAGUGUGAGCAUGGUCAUACCUAUGUAGGUGUGGUCAUGCUGAUAUGGGUGUGGUCAUGCCGACAUGGGUGUGGUCAUUCUAGAAUGGUACGGAAAUGCCAGUGUGAGCAUGGUCAUACCUAUGUAGGUGUGGCCAUGCUGAUAUGGGUGUGGUCAUGCCGAUAUGGGCGUGGUCAUUCUAGAAUGGUACGGAAAUGCCAGUGUAGGCAUGUCCAUGCCUUUGCAGGUGUGAUCUUGCAUUUGUGGGUGUGAUCAUGCUGAUGUGGGCGUGGUCAUGCCUAUCUGGGUGUGGUCCCAGAAGCCAAAAUAUCUGCCAGAAUUAUAUUAACUGCGCACAAAUUUACAGUUUAGGGGAGGUACGUUCUUAGUGGAGAUACUAACAAUUUAGUGGUGAACUUCAGAACUCUUAUACAUGUAAAGUGAGGGACGUGGAAUGCUAACAUAGCCGAACGCACAAGUGGAACUGCUCGGAUUCGAUUGAUAAACACUUAAAACUCUAACCUUCUCAACCUUGCACCUUCUAUAUAUGUACCUGUAAAUGCCGACACCUGUUAUUGGCUCAAGUUUGAUGUCAGUAAAGACGAAGCAAGUAGUCUUUUACCCUGCGUCGGUUUAAAUUCUCAAUGAAUCCUCAAAACGACCAAAACAAAUUGUUUAUAACAGCAGGGUAGUUCGCAAAGUAGCAAACAUAGGUACUUUUUUUUCACAUCUUGAUAUUCUGUAGUUUCUGUGGGAUACAAUCUUAAAAUUUGAAAAAAGGUAAAAGUUGUAGAAAAUAUCAAGGAUAUAUUGAACAUAAUAGUACUGUUCUCGUCGGUUAUUCUAGACUCUUAUAUGUAAAAAUUGGAAGUAAUAUAAGAAAUUAGAGAUUGUUUAUAUGAUGGUUUGUUUCUCUUUCUGAUUGUAUAUAUUGCAAGAUUGAAUGAAAACACUCUAUAAAAAUAACUUUAUCGGCACUUUAGAAUUAAAGUGUGAUUAUCAAUACACAUUCUAAACGUAACGUGCACACACAAUGUUGGUUAAUAACGUGCAGUAAUGAUUAAUAUGAAGGCUGAUGUAUACACACACCUUAUAAAAAUAAAGAAUUUCAGAAAAUUCCA